AUGAGUUCAAAUCAAAGUGAUUGGGAUGUCGUGUCGAUUAUUAUAGCAUUGGUGGUGUUUGUCCUUCCACUAACGCUGCUUCUUCCAGACUUCUCGCUAUGGGAUGUACUCCCUAAGAUUCGGGUGAUGCGGUACCAUAUUAUAUCCCAAAAUGUUACACCGAUGCAACUAAACUCUGCAUUUAUCGUUUUGCAAUUAAUCUUCUUCUUCCUCUUUCUUGAAAUUCGUAAACGAAGGCUUCAAGAAAUGGUGGACAGCGUAUUGUAUGUGGCCAGAGCCACAGAAACUACAAUGGACGAGGAACGGCUAAAGCAAGUAGCCGCUGUGAGGGUCUGCGUCGAACUGCUCGAUGCCUCCACUGAACAUUACGAGAAUCUCAUUCUUCUAAGAGAUGAGUUCCGGAGGCGGGACCAAUUUAAAAUACAGCAUCCGCCGUUUAUAGAGCCAAGCACCUCAAACAUUUGA